GAUUAUGGGAAUGGUGUUCGCCAUCUGCCUAUGCCGCCGAAUCAAAGACGACUUCCUCUUCGACUGACCGCUGCCGGACUCACCUUCUGCUCCCUGACUGCAUCAUCAUGACUCGACACCACACGGAGGAAAUGAGACUAGAGAGAUCCCUGCAAGCAUCAUCAUAACUCUAAACGACACUGGAGAGAAAAUGAGACAAGAGAGAGACCUGAUUACUUCGUCGUAACUCUACACCACACUGAAGACAAGAGAGAGACCUGAUUUCAUCAUCAUAACUCUACACCACACUGAAGACAAGAGAGAGACCUGUGUACAUCAUCAUAACUCUACACAAGAUGAAAGACAAGAGAGACCUGUGUGCACUGUGAACAAUUAUCUCCUAUAAUGGUUUGACUCUGGCUACACGGCGAGCCAGUUCCGCUGACACAUGGCAUUAAUCUGUUGUUUGCUGACAGAAGUCUACGAUUCCCUGACACAUCCACAAUAUCUUGGCUAUAAUGUUUACCCACUUAACAGAAGUCUACGAUUCCCUGACACAUCCACAAUAUCUUGGCUAUAAUGUUUACCCACGUAACAGAAGUCUAUGACUCCCCAGAAAAUUCUUCUAUCUAUUUAAUGAUAUAAUCAGACUGUAAGUUUAUUGCAUGGAGCAUUCAUGUCUACCCAGAUUGCUCUUUGUUUUAAGCAAACAGAUUACAUCAGGUUAUGGGAGGGUCUAUGGCUCUCUAUAGGUGACAACAGGUUAUGGGAGUAGAGAGAUAAGGAAGUUUGUGAUGCUGAGACUUUGGAUGACAAAACUGGUGGCUUUGUUUAGUUUCAAAACAAAGUUUUACGAAAUCUUCAACACACAACCGUGGAGGGUAACUUACAAAGAAAAGACGGAAGAAAUAAUAAA